CUUCCUGGUUCCGUCGUCAGCUGACAUCCGCAGGUCAUGUGACAGCAGGAAACCAGGAAGUUGCCCAAUGUCCAGACUGUAGAGGAGCAGCUGUCAUCUGCUAUGAGAGAGAUCCUGUGACUGUAUAUGCGGUUAUUCUCCGAAGUCCAUAAUGGCAUCUGAAAGUCAAGACGCGAGUGACAAGCUGGCAUCCAACAUCCCUAAACUACAGUUCGUCCCCUUCUCCAGUGCACUAGAUGCAGGUUUUUGGCAUCAACUCACUCAAAGGAAACUUAAUGAGUACCGGCUUGACGAAUCGGCCAAACCCAUCAAGGGUUAUUACUAUAAUGGUGAUCCUUCUGGGCUCCCGACACGACUCACUCUGGAAUUCAGUGCCUUUGACAUGAAUGCCCCCACCCCAACGCGCAGUUGUCCGGCUCUUGGCUCUUUAUACAACACAAACACUUUAGAUUCUUUCAAGAAAUUUGACAAGAAAGCGUUACUGGAUGAGGCAGCUAAUGAGAUUUGGGAAGCAAUAAAAUCCGGUGCAGCUCUGGAAAACCCAGUUCUCUUGAAUAAAUUCCUACUGCUGACAUUUGCAGAUUUGAAGAAGUAUUAUUUCUAUUAUUGGUUUUGUUUUCCUGCAUUGUGCCUUUCUGAUGGGAUAGAAAUGACUAAUCCACCAGUGUCUAUUGGUGAGAAGUUUUCCAAAACUCAGGUGCUAGAAUUUCAGAAAGUCUAUGAUGAUUUCUGUCAAGCUCAAGGAGGGGCUCCACAACCUUACUUCUUAAUUUCUUAUGAGGGGGAUUCUUUUUCUAUGUCUUCUUUGCGGACUUUCCAGGAAUUCUAUACAGAUAAGAGCAAGGUAACACUUGGAGUAUAUGACCCAUGCACUUUAGCUCAAUACCCUGGAUGGCCCCUGAGAAAUGUAUUAGUGCUCGCAGCUUUACACUGGGGCAGCUGGGUACAAAGCAUAGAAGUCAUCUGCCUCAGAGAUCGCACUCUACAGGGGGAAAGGGACAUAAAGCAAAGCAUCAGCUUUGAAAUUAAGCUGCCCCCAGUGGCACGGAGCCAAGCUUGCCCUAAAGCUGUUGGAUGGGAAAAAAACCAGAAAGGUGGUAUGGGUCCCCGAAUGGUGAAUCUUAGUGAAUGUAUGGACCCCAAGAGAUUAGCAGAAUCAUCGGUGGAUCUUAACCUAAAGUUGAUGCGCUGGAGACUUGUGCCCACUCUGGAUUUGGAGAAAGUGAUUUCCACAAAGUGCUUGUUGCUGGGAGCCGGUACAUUGGGAUGUAAUGUGGCCAGGACAUUAAUGGGAUGGGGAGUAAGACAUAUAACAUUUGUGGACAAUGCCAAAAUCUCGUAUUCUAACCCCGUUCGGCAACCUCUGUAUGAGUUUGAAGACUGCCUUGGAGGUGGAAAAUCAAAGGCUUUGGCAGCAGCAGAGAAACUUCAAAGGAUUUUCCCUGGCGUGAUUGCUAAAGGAUUUAACAUGAGUAUUCCAAUGCCGGGUCAUCCUGUGAAUUUCUCGGAGGAAACCAUAAAGCAGGCAGCUAAAGAUGUACAGGAACUUGAAGCUCUCAUUGCUGACCAUGAUGUUGUUUUUCUAUUAAUGGAUACACGGGAAAGUCGAUGGUUGCCCACUGUUAUUGCUGCAAGCCAGAAGAAGUUAGUCAUCAACGCAGCUCUGGGGUUUGACACCUUUGUGGUGAUGAGACAUGGGCUGAAGAAAGGGAAGCAGGAGGAGGCCAAUGAUUCACUCUCCGGUAUUCCUGGCUCAUCUGAUCUCCUGGGCUCCUCUCUCUUCUCCAACAUCCCCGGAUACAAACUCGGCUGCUAUUUCUGUAAUGACGUGGUGGCGCCAGGAGAUUCCACUAGAGACCGCACUCUGGAUCAGCAGUGUACUGUGAGCCGGCCAGGUCUAUCCAUGAUAGGUGGAGCUUUGGCAGUGGAACUAAUGGUGUCAGUUUUACAGCAUCCGGAAGGAGGUUAUGCCAUGGCAAGUAGCAGUGAUGAUCGGAUGAAUGAGCCUCCAACCUCCUUGGGCCUUGUACCACAUCAGAUCAGAGGAUUUUUGUCAAGAUUUGACAAUGUUUUGCCUGUCAGCCUUGCUUUUGACAAGUGUACAGCCUGUUCUCUAAAGGUGAUCGAUCAGUAUGAAAAAGAUGGCUUCCAGUUCUUGGCCAAAGUUUUUAACUCUUCGCAUUCCUUCCUGGAAGAUUUAACGGGUCUUACGUUGCUGCAUCAGGAAACGCAGGCAGCAGAGAUCUGGGACAUGAGUGAUGAUGAAGUGAUCUAACAGCAAAAACCCUCCACUGUAUCUGUGCAAUAAAAGAUGGGAGCAUCACCAUCCAGCUUGUCUUUCCUUGGCUGCUAAUAAGUAGACCAUGUUCAUUUUGUCUUUUUAUUAAAUCACAUAAAGUU